AUGGCCGUAACAGACAGAGAUGCACUGUUGAAGGUUCAUGCGCUCUGUCGGAAUUGCUUCAGGGCAGGACACCAGGCAAGGGAUUGCCAAUCUAAAUUCUCUUGUCGAAAUUGUAAGGGUCGUCACCACACACUGCUCUGCUUUAAGUCGAAGAGAAAUAAGGAUUCUAAGGUUACAGCAGCUGCUGCGAGCAGUAAACCACCAAUUUCCAAGGAACCAACAACCUCUACUUCAACCCAAGUGGCUAAUGUGGCUGCAACUGAUGUCCUGGUGUCUGGUGCGACUCACCAGUAUUCUUCUAAGGUGUUACUGGCUACAGCAGUUGUUUUGAUUGAGGACGAGGAAGGUAAUCGACUUCCCGCUCGCGCCCUUCUGGAUUCGGGCUCGGAAAGCAACUUCAUUACGGAGCGGUUAAGUCAGCGGUUAAAGAUAUUUCGUGAUCGUGUGGAUAUAUCAGUCCUCGGAAUUGGACAAACUGGAACCAAGGUUAAGCACAGGUUACGUGCGGUGAUCCGGUCACGUAUAUCUUCAUUUUCUCGAGAGUUGGGUUUAUUAGUUCUAGCCAAGGCUACGGUCAACCUUCCAACCUCUACUCUCAACACGGAUAGAUGGAUAAUACCGGAUGGGAUUCAACUUGCAGAUCCUGCAUUUUUCGAGUCUAGCGCAGUGGACCUCGUGCUCGGCAUCGAAUCCUUCUUCGACUUUUUUGAAACCGGUCGAAGAAUUUCCAUUGGGGAAGGCCUACCGACUCUCAACGAGUCCGUGUUCGGAUGGGUUAUAUGCGGCGGCGUUUCGGUUUCAACCCAAGCCCUACACAUUAAUUGCAACGUAUCUACAUUGGAUGGGCUUGAUGAGUUGAAGUAUCGCUUUUGGUCUUGUGAGGAGGUAGAGUCUGGUAAGGCUCACUCACUGGAGGAGAAACGCUGCGAGGAGCUUUUUCUACGUACGGUUCAAAGAAAUCCAGACGGUCGGCACACCGUCGCUUUACCCAAGAAUGAAGACGUACUUUCACGGUUGGGCGAGUCAAGGGACAUCGCAAUCCGACGGCUUCAGGGAACAGAACGUAGGCUGGCAAGAGACUCAUCACUACAGGAUCAGUACGCUGCCUUCAUGGAGGAAUACCUAGCGCUGGGGCACAUGAGUAAGGUCGACAAUGUUUCUACAGGAUCAGUCAAACGGUGCUAUCUACCGCACCACCCGGUGGUCAAGGAAUCAAGCACUACCACCAAGGUUCGCGUGGUCUUCGAUGCUUCCUGUAAGACCUCUUCGGGAGUAUCGCUCAACGAUGUGUUGCUGGUUGGGCCAGUGAUACAGGAGGAUCUACGAUCAAUAAUCUUACGAAGUCGGACCAAACAGAUCAUGCUCGUGUCCGACGUGGAGAAAAUGUUCCGGCAGAUCAACGUAAGCCCACAAGAUCGACCACUUCAGUGUAUUCUUUGGCGUGCCACGCCAACAGACAAGAUUGACACUUAUGAGCUGAAUACAGUUACGUAUGGUACCAAACCAGCACCAUUUUUGGCUACCAGGACGAUUCAACAGCUGGCUGUAGAUGAGGAGAACCACUUUCCACUUGCUGCAAGGGCGCUCACCGAAGACACGUACAUGGAUGAUGUGAUCACUGGCACAGACGAGGUCGAUACAGCACUGAAGCUACGAAAGCAGCUGGAAACGAUGAUGUCAAGGGGAAGAUUUCGCUUACGAAGGUGGGCAUCGAACUGCCCUUCAGUGCUAGAAGGUAUUUCCGAGGAGGAGCUAGCAAUACGGACUUCGGAUGGAAUCGAUUUGGACCCAGACCCGACAGUUAAAACCUUAGGAUUGGCAUGGAUGCCAAUUACGGAUACGUUAAAGUUCCAAUUCACGAUUCCCACCCUGGACACUGCAACACCGCUAACUAAACGCUAUGUGUUGUCUGUGAUUGCUACUCUAUUUGACCCUUUGGGGCUUUUGGGAGCUGCUAUUACGUCGGCGAAGAUUUUUAUGCAGCUAUUGUGGACGUUACGAGACGAAACCAAUAACAUAUUAGGUUGGGACCAGCCACUACCUCCAACGGUGGGUGAGUGCUGGAAAAGAUACCACGAACAACUUCCGCUUUUCAACCAACUCCGGAUUGAUCGUGGCGUGAUCAUACCGGAAGCCUUGAAUAUCGAGAUUUACUGCUUCUCGGAUGCUUCGGAGAAAGCUUACGGCGCAUGUCUGUACUUGAAGAGUCAGAAUGCAAAAGGGGGGUUUAGAGUCCGACUGCUAUCCUCCAAAUCAAAGGUUGCUCCUCUGAAGUGCCAAACUAUACCUAGACUGGAGCUCUGCGGUGCUCUUUUAGCAGCCCAGCUAUAUGAGAAGGUCAAGCAAUCGAUUAGGAUACCUACAAAAACCUUCUUCUGGACUGAUUCGACAUGUGUCUUACGGUGGCUUCAAGCGACUCCAACCACAUGGAAUACAUUCGUCGCUAAUCGAACGGCGAAAAUUCAAACAAUUACGGAGGGCUGUCAAUGGGGACACGUCCCAGGAGUUCAAAACCCAGCAGAUCUGAUAUCUAGAGAAAUCAGUCCGGAAGAUAUUCUUAAGAACACCUACUGGUGGCAAGGUCCAUGCUGGUUGGAGAAGGAGCAGCAUGAAUGGCCAAAAAAUAUCGUGGAUCAACCGAUAGACGAGGGAGAGGAAGAGAAGCGACGCACGGUGGUUGCUGCAACGGUUUCCGUUCACGAGAAGUUCAACCAAGAAUAUAUAGGAAAAUUUUCAUCGUAUAGUGAUCUCAUUCGCCGUACUGCAUACUGGUUGCGAUUGAUGAAUCUUCUACGAGUACCAGCAAGGGAUCGAAAUUGCGCAGCAUUUCUUACCACGGACGAAUUGAGGCAGGUGGAGAACACACUGAUCCGUCGAGUGCAGAAAGAGGUCUUUGCAGAUGAGUGGAAGGCUCUAUCCAAGGGUACGGCAGUUCCACGGGGAUCCCCGAUACGUUGGUACAAUCCAUUUAUUUCAAAUGAUGAGCUAAUCAGACUAGGAGGACGAUUGCAGCACUCUCUCGAAUCCGAGAACACCAAGCAUCCAAUCGCUUUACCCGCACAACACCAGUUUACUCGAUUGAUUUUGCGAUACUACCACGAGCGACUACUCCACGCUGGCUCGCAGUUGUUAUUGGGAGUAGUCAGGCUCAAGUUUUGGCCAUUGGGAGGUAGAAGUGUUGCAAGACACAUCGUGCAUAAAUGCCAACGAUGCUUUCGUUCAAAACCAACACUAGUUCAACAGUUUAUGGGAGACCUACCAGCCUCACGAGUUACGGUGUCCCGCCCGUUUUCCCGUUCCGGAGUUGACUAUUUUGGCCCUGUCUACAUAAGGCCUGUUCCGCGACGAGCAGCAGUUAAGGCAUACGUAGCCAUUUUUAUUUGCCUUUGCACCAAGGCUGUUCAUUUGGAGCUCGUUACAGACCUUUCUACCAACCGGUUUCUUCAAGCACUGCGACGAUUUGUGUCCAGGAGAGGACGAUGCACGGACAUGUAUUCCGACAACGGAACCAACUUUGUCGGUGCGCGAAACCAAUUGCAAGAGUUCCUCAAGAUGCUAAAGAAUCGCGAUCACCAUGAUGCAGUGUCUAAGGAAUGUGCGAAAGAAGGAAUUCAAUGGCACUUUAAUCCGCCAAGCGCACCCCAUUUCGGGGCCUCUGGGAAGCUGCAGUUCGUUCGGCCAAGCAUCACCUGUUAA